AUGGCAGCAAUAAUCAGCGUUGACUUUCAGCAAACUUUCAUCCUCAUCCUCCUAUGCUUCUUCUCACUCCUCUGUUACUCUCUCUUCUUCAAGAAACCAAAGGACUCACAAGGUUGUGAUCUACCUCCAAGUCCUCCUUCCCUCCCGCUAAUCGGUCAUCUUCACCAUCUCCUCUCUACUCUGACCCACAAGUCUCUUCAGAAACUCUCCACCAAGUAUGGACCUCUCCUCCAUAUCAAGAUCUUCAAUGUCCCCAUCAUUCUCGUUUCCUCUGCCUCAAUGGCCCACGAGAUCUUCAGGUCCCAAGACGUGAACGUUUCCUCUCGCGGUGUUUCUGCGAUCGAUGAGUCCCUCGUGUUUGGAUCUUUUGGCGUCAUCAACGCUCCCUAUGGAGAUUACUGGAAGUUCAUCAAGAAGCUCAUGGCCACUAAGCUUCUCCGACCACAGUCGCUCGAGAGGUCACGAGGUAUCCGUGCUCAAGAGCUACAUCGGUUUUACAGCAGAGUUCUUGAUAAGGCGAGGAAGACGGAGAGCGUUGAGAUCAGUAAGGAAAUGAUGAAGCUUACGAACAUCACCUUGUGCAGGAUGAGUAUGGGAAGGAGUUUUUCUGAGGAGAAUGGUGAGGCAGAGAAAGUCAGGGGCUUGGUUGAUGAAACAUAUGCCUUUACCAAGAAGAUGUUCUUGGCUGCUAUACUGCGCAGACCACUUGAGAAGCUCCGGAUCCCACUUUUCAAGAAGGAUAUAAUGAGUGUUUCCAACAGAUUCGAUGAGCUGCUUGAGAGGAUUCUUGUGGAACACAAGGAGAAUCUGCGUGACGAGGAGCAUCAAGGUACUGAUAUGAUGGAUGUUUUGUUGGCUGCUUAUGAAGACAAAAACGCAGAGUAUAAGAUCACUAGGAAUCAUAUCAAAUCCUUCUUCGUGGAGCUUUUCGUUGGAGGCAGUGAUACGUCGGUGCAAACAACACAGUGGGCAAUGGCUGAGAUCAUUAACAACGCUAAAGUUCUUGAGAGACUGAGAGAAGAAAUCGAUUCGGUUGUAGGGAAAUCAAGAUUGAUUCAAGAAACAGAUAUACCAAACCUUCCUUAUUUGCAAGCGGUGAUCAAAGAAGCACUGAGAUUGCAUCCACCAUCGCCUCUCGUGGUAAGGACGUUCCAAGAAAGAUGUGAGAUCAAAGGGUUUCACAUACCGGAGAAGACAAUACUGGUUAUUAACGCUUAUGCUGUGAUGAGAGACGCUGAUUCUUGGGAAGAUCCUGACGAGUUUAAGCCAGAGAGGUUUCUUCUGAGUACAUCAUCUUCAAGAUCAGGGAAAGAAGAGGAGAAAGAGCAAACACUCAAGUAUAUUCCUUUUGGUAGUGGAAGGAGAGGAUGUCCUGGAGUAAAUCUAGCUUAUAUAUUUGUAGGAACUGCUAUAGGAGUGAUGGUGCAGUGUUUUGACUGGAGAAUUAGUGGAGAUAAAGUCAACAUGGAAGAGACUUUUAAAGGUAUGAAUCUGACCAUGGUUCAUCCACUCAAGUGCACUCCAGUUCCUCGAACAUUGUCUUUUUCUUUUACUUCCAGUUCCUGA